AACCAAACCACAACUCAAUCUCCUGUCUUUUUUCCACGAAAAUUACAUUACACAAAAACACACCAAAAUCCCACAAAAACCUAAAUGGCACAACAUCAAACUAUGCUGAUCCUAGCGAUCACGAUGACUGUCCUCUAUGGAACCGCAAUGGCUCAAUCAUCGGGCUGCACAAGUGUGCUAAUUAGCAUGUCACCGUGCCUCAACUACAUUUCGGGUAACUCAUCAACACCAUCAUCAAGAUGUUGCACCCAACUAGCCAGCGUGGUCCGGUCACAGCCAGAGUGCCUGUGUCAAGUCCUUAAUGGUGGUGGCUCGUCUAUGGGUAUUAACAUCAACCAGACUCAAGCUCUUGAGUUGCCUAAGGCCUGCAAUGUCCAGACUCCACCAACCAGUCGAUGCAAUGCAUCUUCUCCAACGAACUCUCCUUCAGGAACAACACCUUCGGGUACAGGCACUCAAUCGAACACUGUACCAUCAACGGAUAACGGUUCAUCGGAUGCAACCUCAACAAGAUUCGCAAGCAUUCCUAUCGUAUUUUCGCUACUUGUUGUCGCCUAUAGUAUGGUGUUCUAACUUAUUACAGUAUCCGACAACAUUAUGUUAUUGUUUAUGAUUUUUCAUUUGUUUUGCUUUGAUUCUUACUUGUUCUUUCACAAACUGGUGAGUUUGUCAAGAAACAUGGUAUGUACGAAAUUCUUUAUACGGAUACUAUUGUAUUGUUUUGGAUAUAUCUGAUACUUUUUA